AUGGAUGAGUUGCAAGUGCUUUUCGGUUCGUUAGACCUGGCUCAGCUUAAACCCCAAAUUGUCAAGGAUGGUGAGAAUGUUACUCUCCCCAAAGAAGAUGAGGCUCGAGAGGCUCUGCGUAAAGAAGCUGAGUUCUACAAUCUCCCUGGUCUGUCCAAGAUGUGCGCACCUUACACAUCCGUAAGCAAAGAUGACAAAGGCUUUGAAGUGAGACCAUUCUGCAAAGGCGAUGUUGUGCAAUGGAAGGAAAGCGCUAUCGAAAUGUACUGGAAGUAUUUCUCAGCUUCGGUCAGUAAUGUCGGUCUCCAUAAAGCUGUGAUCAACUACGAAGAUUGGAUACCGCUGAGGCAACAUAUGCCAUAUAUGAAGGGAAAAGUAACCUAUGCGAUAUUAGAUUAUCUAAGAGAUAAGGACCAUUUCUUUCCUCCUUCUGAUGAAAAUGCUCGUGAAGCUCUUCGAAGAGAAGCUGAGUUCUAUAAACUGAAUGAUCUCGUCUUAAUGUGCUUGCCCGAUGUUUUUGCUGUUGGUGAUGUUGUGAAAUGGAAGGAGAACGCCAUCGAAUCGUAUUGGAAGUUUUUUGCCAUGUUCUGA